UCCAUAUCCCUAAGGAAUCCCGUUAUUCUAUGUAUAAUAUGUAACACCUCGACGCACUACCGGACGUCUGAUCAAGCUUCAACGGCCGCUGAUCUCGGAGUUCCGAUUGCGACUUCAGGUCUUAAGACUAAAGAAGUCCACAGAGAGAGAAAGAGAGAGAGAGAGAGAGAGAGAGCGCGAUGGGUCUGCUGUCGAACCGAGUGGAGAGGACGGAGAUCAAGGCAGGAGACCACAUCUACUCAUGGAGAGCGGCCUACACUUACUCCCACCAUGGCAUUUAUGUUGGAGGAAGCAAAGUCGUUCAUUUUACACGCAAAAAAGACACAUCAGAUGGUAUCAAUUCAUCCAGCUCUUCUAGUUUGAGCUCAGGUGUUCCAUCAGUUUGCCCAACUUUCCCCGACUGUGGAUUUCAUCAGUCCAAUAGUGGGGUCAUCCUCUCUUGCUUGGAUUGCUUCCUUGGCAAUGGUUCCCUCUACUGCUUCGAAUAUGGAGUGCCACCCUCAGUCUUCCUUGCAAAAGUCCGAGGUGGCACAUGCACAACUGCAGAAUCUGAUCCUCCAGAGACGGUGAUCAACAGAGCAAUGUACCUACUCCAGAAUGGGUUUGGAAACUAUGAUGUGUUCGAGAACAAUUGCGAGGACUUUGCUCUUUACUGCAAGACAGGCCUUCUCUCUCUCGAAGAACUAGGUAUUGGUAGGAGCGGGCAGGCAUCAUCAUUCUUCGGUGUCCCUUUGGCAGCAUUGUUUUCUACACCUUUCAAGCUGUUGGCAGCAGGGCCGGUGGGGAUGGCCACCGUGACUGCUGGGAUGUACUGUGCAGGCAGAUACAUCACUGAUAUAGGGGUCAGAAAGGAUGUUGUAAAGGUUGCAGUAGAGGAUUUGACUGCAAACCUCGGUUGGCGCCGCUGCCCCAUGGAAAGAGCUCGAGGAAAGGAUUGUGAUGCUUUGGCGAGUGUAGCAUCUAUCGAAGAAGAAAAACGACAACACUUAUGACCAUCCGUUAGCACAAUCCGGUUGUCAUUGUUUUCUUGUGGAAAUCGAUAAUUUGGAAAAUUGGUGCCAAUAAAUCUAGAUCACUGAUCUGUUGUGUAUGCAUUUAAACUUGACCAGCUUUUCAUUUCAGAUCUUUCUGAUUUACCUUGUUAAGAAUGUUACCGUUCAUCUAUCUAAUCCGUAUGUAAUAAGUUUCUGCUUUC